AGGUGAAUACACAUCCUAAUCAUCACCAUUCAUCGCAAAUAAAAUAUCUUCCUGUAGUACAUAAGCUAGAAGCUUCUUUACAGAUAUCAUCCAAAUACAUACAACAAAGCAAGUAUUGUUAUAUCCUAUCAGUGAGUUUAUAUGUAUCGCAAGUGCCACCGAGAUAGGGCGUAAACCCGACGGUGUAGUGUUUAUCAUUGAAGAGAAACAGUUUCCAUCGAAUUGCCUUUAAUUGCCAGAGGAAUCGAGAGCAAAUCGCGAGUUAUUGUAGAUUAAAAUAUGGUUCACUGUUCUCAAUAUAACAUCUGCUAAGUGAGAUUUAACUUGCAGUUUGAGUGCAAUUGAGGUGAAAAAAAAGAAGAGUUUCACAGAAAGUACAUUUUUGUACAAACAUCUCCGCGUAGCGCUAUGCCUCCGUUGAAUAGCUACAAUGGAAAUGGCAAUGCAAGUGAUAUUAUCUGUUCGCUUACACAAUCCCAAAUGGCCAUCAAUCAACCGAACGAUUCCGGGACGUCUGCAAAACCCAUCUUCAACUGCAUUCAGUACUCGCAGAAAGUGCUACUUAAUCUGAAUGCAUUGAGGCAAAAUUCGAGGUUCUGCGAUGUGGAGAUAGUCGUCGGUAGCACAACGAUCCAGGCCCACCGAGCGGUGCUGAGUGCGGCUUCCGCUUACUUUGAGGCAAUGUUCCGUCCCGAGCUGGGGCUCAGCGAGGGAAAACAAAAAUCCGUCACACUGCAUUCGAUUCGGGCCGACAUCCUGAAGAUGUUGAUUGAUUUCGUUUAUACGGGACAGGUGGAGAUCAAACAGAGCAAUGUCCAAGAGCUGCUGGCUGCUGCUGAUAUGAUUCAACUUCCCGAGGUGGUAGACGGUUGUUGCGAAUAUCUUUGCCGUGAACUACAUUCUUCCAAUGCACUAGGAAUUUUGCGUUUCGCAGAAGCGCAUAACUGUCGUCAACUAGCGGAAGCAGCUGCCACCUACGUGUACACCAAUUUCCCCAAGGUUGCCCUCGAGGACGAACUGUUGGACAUUCCGCACAUGAUGCUAAUGAAGGUGAUUUCUUCCGAGUCGCUUCGAGUAGAUACCGAGUUUCAAGUUUUCAAGGCCGCUCUUCGAUGGAUCAAACACGACGUUGUACCACGCCGGCGGUAUGUGUUUGAGAUUCUGUCACACGUUCGUCUGGCCCUCGUUCCGGUUGGUCUGAUUGACCAAGCAAUCGCCGAAUGUCGCGAUGUUUCACUGAAGAUAGCACUGAGAUCUGUACGAAAGGAUUUGACUUCCAAACGUGGACAACUGGUGCCGCUUCGUGUAUGCCCAAGAGUUUGUGCCAAAAAGAGCAUCUACAUAAUCGGAGGAUCCCGACGGGAACAGUCAGCCGGGUGGACUCCUGCUGAUUGUAUUUUUGAAAGUGUGAUAAAAUACGACAUAUUCCGACGAGAAUGGAUUGAGUCGGCUCCUAUGCAGAUCGGAAGGAUCUUACCCGGAGUCGCCACGCUUGGCGGUAAGAUUUUCGUUAUUGGAGGCGAACGUGGCAGUCAGAUUUUGGCGAACGGGGAAGUAUACGACACUCAGAACAAUAAUUGGGAAGCAAUGGCGCCAAUGAUCGUACCGAGAUGCGAGUUUGGCCUGUGUGCUCUAGGUGGCACAUUGUAUGCCAUGGGCGGAUGGAUUGGGGAGGACAUUGGUGGUUCUAUAGAAUGUUAUGACCCGAUGAAAAAUUCUUGGAGAAUGGUUGGUGAUUUACCAGAGCCGAGAUUCAGCAUGGGUGUUGUUAGUUUUGAAGGUCUCAUAUACAUUGUUGGAGGUUGCACUACCUCCAGCCGCCAUUUACCGGAUUUGAUUAGCUACAAUCCAGUUACACACGAGUGGAAUUCCCUGGCUCGAAUGCAAACGGCACGUUGUCAGAUGGGUGUUGCAAUACUAGAUCGCUACCUUUACGUUGUCGGCGGAAAUAGCAGCCAACAAGAGGUUCUUUGUACCGUCGAAAGAUACUCAUUCGAUGAUAACAAAUGGACAAUGGUGGCACCAAUGUCGGUGAGUCGGGCCAGUCCCGCUGUGGCUGCUGCAGAUGGGUUGCUCUACGUGGCAGGUGGAGAUCAACCUUGCGAAAUUAACUUCUACCGUGCACAGGUAACAAUAUCGUCCUUUGAGUGUUUCGAUCCCAUCAAUGAUCAAUGGAAAGAUUGUCCAGAUUUGCCCACUAGUCGAUCCGAAGCGGGUGCCGUGGUGGUUUAAAAAAUGAUUGCUUUUGUUUCGAACGCACACGUUUUAUUUGUUAUUGAAAAUGCACAUUCUUUAUUUCUAGUCGCAUACUGAAUUACAUUUUUUAUAUUUUUAUUUUUGUUCACUGAUCCGCGGUUGGCACCAAAUUUGAUUUUUUUCCCCCUCUGCACGCGUGUACAUCGGUAUAAUUCCAACCGGUGUAUGAGCAUAUUACUCCGCAUACCACCUUAAGACUAAGGAUGAAAGGAUAUUUAACCAAAGAUUUUAAUAACCGCUUGAGAUUGUGAUUCAUAAUGAUAUAAACAAAAAAAAAUAAAGUAUGCCAAAAUCGAAGCAUAUUCUGUUGAUCAUUGUGAGAUUAAUUUUAUUGAAAUUGAUUGCCGAACAUACGUCUUGGUAUUAGUCGUAUAAAUCUUCGUUGAUGUAUAAAUUCAUGAAA